AUGCCGAACGAGCAGCCAAUGGCGUGUCGCGAAGGGCGGUCUCUACCCGAGCUGUCAAACUAUAAAGAGAGAGUCCGUGUUACAGGGGCCGGUUGGAAACACAGACUGAAAGGGACUCAGAUUUGGGAAAUUCUGCCCUUCUUUUGCAAAACCCCUUCCCUUUUUUAUGUCCACCCCAUUCAUGCUCCUUCCCUUCCCUUAGUCCCUGCAGAUUAUGGCAAACGCGUCUAUCAAGGAGUUCGGGUGAAGCACACGGUGAAGGACCUUUUGGCCGAGAAGCAGUCAAGGCAGACGGGCUCCUCGCGGAUGAACGGGAGCGUGAGCACAACUCAGUCCUCAUUUGUCCCUUUGCCUGGUUCCCCCACUGGUUAUUAUGGGGUUCGGAGAUCCCUCGUGUCAGACAUGGAUUUACAAAGCAACAAGCAGAUCCCUGGCGACGUCUACGCCUCUUCUCUCAUGACGAAGCCAUUCGGGUACGAGUCGCCGGCAGCGCAAGGGUAUCCCUCCCUCCUGGACUCCCAUUUCAUGGACCAAUAUGUUGACCAUCGGGCUGCUUCCGGAGCCUCCGCCCUCUUCGGCGCUUCGCCCCUGACAUCCGUUGGGCCGUCGUUUCCAAGCGACUCUGCACACUUUUUAGCUAGAGAUACCUGGGAUCAGUCCUUACCUGACAGUCUGGGUCAAUCAGAGGCCUGUCCAGAGUCCCUCCAGGUGCCUCCAACCACCGGCUGCCUCUCUUCCCUCGAUCCAGGGACGUCUUCUCAAUACCGAAGCCCCAGUUGGAGCUCCCUCGUCUCUGGGCCGCAGCCCUACUCCUUCCACACCCUUGAGGAUGUCCACUACGGCUACUCCGCUUCCUCGGCGUAUCCUUUCUCCUCUUUGAUGGCCGCCGUGUCCAGCGAUUUGGGCUCCAAGGCCUUCCACACUCCUUCUUCUUCUUUGGAAGAGUCUUCCGACGCAGCUCCGCUCCAUGAAGGCAACACUCUUUGGCCGAAGGAAGACGGGAACCCACUUUGGGGCUCCUAUGAAUCCCGAAGGACUUACUGA